AACUAGAAAAACUGAUUAAAUUAUGAAGUUAAAUAAACCGUUGUUACCAAAUAUUACAAAUGAAAUUUUUAAAGAUUUAAAUAAUGAUGAAUUAACAAGUGAUGAUUAUUUAAAAUUAUAUUCAAUAUUUGGUGAAAUAUUUACACGUGCAUUAGAAUUAUUGGAUAAAGCUACAUUCACACUACUAAGUACUCAGGACGGAUUACGUCGUUGCGUACGUGUAGAAACAAAUUCAACACAAAUGUACCAUCUAUAUUUAAAUGUGAAUUAUUGUUCAUGUCAAGCGUUCAAAUAUCAAGUAUUAACAAGUGCACAAGAUUUAACAUGUAAACAUGUGUUGGCUGUUAAAUUAGCUGUCAUGUUAAAUAAAUGUGCACAACAAACAUUAACAUCGAAACAAAUUAUGGAUAUUAUGAAAAUGUCUAUGUUCACUGACGAUUGAGAUUUUAUCCAACGGUGGAAUGUUAACAUUUUUUAGUGUGAGUUAUGGAUCGAGAAAAUUUCACGGAGAUAAUUCACAAAGUUCGUACUGUGAUUUUAACCGGUGUAUAUCUUUAAGUUUCGAAUGUAAUCCGUUAGAACUUGUUCAUUUAUCAAUAGAGGGAAAAUAAAUCAAUAUUAUUCAAAUUAUUGUUAAUAAAAAUUGUAUUUAAGACCACAUUUUCAAGAAUACUUAAAUUAAUAAUUAGUAUACCUAUGAUCUAUUCCACAAUUAUUGUUUGAUUAUAUCCCAAAAGCCGUUAAACUUAUAGUUUACAGUGCGUGCCAAAUAAAUAGACGUACAUUCUAUGACCCGAA